AUGGUUAUUUUUACAAGGGAUUUGAAAUGGUGCCCUACAUUCAACAAACUAAAGAAUCUAAUACUCAAUGACUACUGGUGCAUGGGCCCUAGCUUUGACGCUCUAAGUUGCAUUCUCAAACACUCACCCGUUCUAGAGAAGCUCAGUCUUCAUCUUUUCAAGGGACUAAGAGCUAAUGUUAAAAUGAAAGGAAGCUAUAGUUCAAUGGAGAGAUCUUCUGUGAUAUCUGAACACCUAAAGGUAGUCGAUGUCAAGUGUUGUGUUGUUGAUGAGAAAGUUGCCGAAGUUCUGAAGUUCCUGUGUACACUUAACAUACGAUUCUGUUUCGUGUAA